AUGUCCACUGUAGAAGGGUUAUUUUUAAAUGCUUACCAAGUUGACAGUUUCCCGAAUAAAGUCCUUGCAAUGCUUCGGAAUGGCGUCCGUUACUCGAAUAAGAUUUCGCUUGCCGAAUGUACGGAAGACAAUAACGGUCGGCUACUUUAUCGUGGAGCACUCUAUGUACCGGAUGACAACGAUCUUCGGCUAAGACUCCUAAAGGAACAUCAUGACAAACCAUCGGCAGGCCAUCCAGGCAGAGCAAAGACUUUAGAACUCCUGAAUCGAGAGUACUACUGGCCACAGAUGCGAAAAUAUUUCGACCAGUACGUUAGGAAUUGCAAUGUAUGUACCCGUAGCAAGGCACCACGCAAUGCACCUUAUGGGGUACUUCGACCUAUGCCAAUACCCGAUGGACCAUGGAGGGACGUAUCAAUGGAUUUCGUUACUGAUCUUCCAGAAAGCGAUGGAUAUAAUGCGAUAUUGGUAGUAGUGGAUCGACUAACCAAGAUGCGACAUCUGAUUCCAACCACUAAGGAGGCGGAUUCCAAGGAAGUAGCUAGGCUGUAUAUCGAUAAUGUUUGGAAGCUACAUGGACUACCGGAAACUAUGUCCACAGUCCCCGUUCUUGCCUUAGGUGUACCCUUCGGCCCCAUAGUCCAUAGUCCACGAGCUUCCUACGUCCACGUCUUCGCCUCGGUUGUAUUCCUUGGCUUCAUAGUUCCUACGCCCAUAGUCCCCGUUAUAAGAACACAAUUCGUUGCGGAGUUUUGGAGGUCCCUUUGUGAUCGCCUAGAAAUAUCGCCAAAGUUCUCUACCGCGUUUCACCCCCAAACGGAUGGACAGACAGAAAGGAUUAAUGCUGUAAUGGAACAAUAUCUUCGAAGUUAUGUUUCUUAUCAACAGGACGACUGGGUUCGAUGGUUGCCCAUGGCCGAGUUUGCAACAAAUAACCAUGCUUCGGAAACGACGAGGAUCUCUCCAUUUUACGCUAAUUCAGGGAGGAAUCCAAGAAUGACUUUUGGUCCUCUGGAACAUGGCAAGACGACAGCGGAAGACCAAGCGAAUACCAUUGCACGAGAGAUGAAGGAUAUACUAGACGUUUUACGAGCUGAAUUGUUCCGAGCGCAAAGGAUUCAAGAAGAGUCGGCUAAUAUAAAUCGGACUCCAGCGCCUCACUAUCGUGUAGGGGAUAAAGUUUUCCUAUCGACCCGCCAUGUCCUCACCAAACGACCCUCGAAGAAACUCGAUUGGAAGCGUAUUGGGCCAUAUGUCAUUAAGCGAAUUGUGAAUCCCUAUGCCUAUGAAUUAGAACUUCCCCGUUCUAUGAAGGUCCAUCCUGUGUUUCAUAUUUCGUUACUGUCACCGGAAGCCAUUGAUCCCCUACCGGGUCAGCAACAAUUGCCGCCACCCUCAGUCGAAAUUGAAGGUCAAGAGGAAUGGGAGGUUGAAAACAUUUUGGAUUCCAGAAGCCGUCGGGGAAGGUUUGAAUACUUGGUAAAGUAUAUUGGUUAUGAUGAAGCUUCGUGGCAGCCAUUGUCGGAUGUCGAGCACUCGCCCGAUAUCGUCAAACGAUUCCAUGAACGUUAUCCACGGAAGCCUAAGCCUACCAGGAGGUAG